AUGAUGCGCAUCAAAUCGUGGUUGGAUACAUGCAACGGCCAGCAUAACCACCACUGCGGCGGCGAUGACGCUGACACAACCACUUGGCGUCCCGUCUACCUUGUCGACUCUGUUGAGCGAUGCUUGGUCAAGGCCAAGCCGACAGAUCGCUAUCUCGCCUUGAGCUAUGUCUGGGGUCCGCUGAACCCGCGUCGAGGAGGCCCCAACGCCGUUGUGCGACUGCUCAAGUCCAAUAUCGAGGCCUUCCAGUCAGAGCUCCCGGAGGUGGACAUUCCCGAGACCAUUCUCGAUGCCAUGUAUCUGGCAAGAAAGCUGGGCUUCCGCUACCUGUGGGUCGAUCAGCUAUGCGUUGUUCAAGACGAUGAUGUGGACAAGGACAACCACAUUCGGCACAUGCCUUACAUCUUUGCAAAUGCAUACCUCACAAUCGCCGCAGCUUAUGGCGACCUCUAUACCGGCCUUCUCCCCAUCAGUCCAAAGCGCCCGCGCGACUCAAAGGCUGGUGGUAGCACUAGAGAUCACAACGAAUUGCUGCGGCAAUCUAAAUGGAACACCCGCGGAUGGACCCUACAAGAGCAUCUCUAUUCGCGCCGUACCGUUUUCUUCUUUCAAGAUGCCGUGACAUGGGAAUGCCACUGCGAGCUUUGGCAGAAGAGCUCCUUGAAUAUCAUGCCAAAGCUGCGUGGCAGUAAUCGGCACGAAUGUAUCAACCGCCUUUCUUCUGCCAUUCUUGGCUAUCAACAUACUCCGUGGCCUGACCUGGACGAGUACGCUCGCAUCGCAGCCGACUAUAGCGCAAGGAGGGUGACACACGUCGAGGACACUUUGAGAGCAUUCUCGGGCAUCACUUCCAUGCUCUCACGCACAUUUUCAGACGGCUUCAUGUAUGGCAUGCCGCUCAUGUUCCUUGACGUCGCUCUACUCUGGCGCCCACAGGCAUCAAUACGACGGAGGGCACCACCACGGGCCCCCUUUCUUCCGUCAUGGUCUUGGAUGGGCUGGUGGUUUGACGGUGUUCCUGUUGACCUGGUGCUAUGGAGAGCUGCAGCUGAUUACGUCGAAGAGACUAGUCCGGCAAAAAUAGGAUCCAACCCUAAACGAUUUCAAUCAAUGCAAACUUUCAGGAUAAAGCCCACCAUCAGUUGGAAUCUCACAGACAGGGCUUCCACAGUUCCCGUGAACAACACUGGGCUGCGGUUUCGAGAUCUCCGCUCCCGCAAAAAUGCUGGGACACCGUUGCCCCGAGGUUGGUCAAGGAGCGGAUCGGCUUUCAAACAUGAUAGCGACCGUGAAACCAUUUUCAAGUAUCCUGUGCCAGUAGUGGACCCCCCAAAGGAUGGACAACACGCGCCAACAAUCGCCGAGCAGACUUUCCCAGGACCGCUCCUAUCUUUCAGAACGGCUGCUGGGCUCUUUGAUGUCGAUCUUGCUGAUACUAUGGCACCCAAGGAUCAUUCAAAUCCUCAGCUCGCCAUUGGAAACAUUUGGAGCAAGUCUGGUAAAUGGAUCGGUGAAUUUCGAGCUCACGACGCGUGGAUUGGGGUCCAGACAUCCAACCAUGACGGAGGCGAAAAACUCGAGUUCAUUGCCAUUAGCACGGGAAUGGAGCGCAAGGGCUCCUUUAUCUUCACGCCGGAGAAAUUCGAAGAGAAUAAAGAUGCAGACGGCAUACUGGAUUUUGUGAAUGUGCUCUGGAUUGAGAGAAUUGGCAGUGUUUGCUACAGGAGGGGCAUUGGGCAUAUCCUGCUCAAGGCUUGGAAUGCACAAGUACGAGACCAGGUGGAUAUUGUUCUCGGAUAG